AUGCUUUAUUCAAAAACGUAUCUUAAACGUACUAAGAAAGGGAAUGCAGUAAAAGUGGUUAAAGAGCAUUAUCUGAGGGAUGAUAUAUGGUGUUAUGUAGAAAAUUGUACUUUUUGUAAACAUACUGAACCUGCAUUGCUUGAAGAAGCUCGAAGCACGAAACUAUUAAAAAUUCCUCAUUACAUAGUACCUGAUACCAAUGUAUUAUUAAAUCAGAUGGAUAUCAUCAAACAUCCUGCUAUAAAUAAUGUUAUAAUCUUGCAAACAGUUUAUGAAGAAUUAAGGCAUUUAAAUUUGUCUAUUUAUCAACAAUUACGUACACUUAUCAAUGAAGGCAAUCGACAUUUUUUUGUAUUUUCUAAUGAACAUCAUCGAGACACAUAUAUUGAACGUUCUAAAGGAGAAACUCCCAAUGACAGGAAUGAUCGAGCGAUAAGAUCGGCUGUAAGGUGGUAUUCAUUACAUCUCAAGAAAGCAUCAUAUGGGAACAAAAAGAUUGAUGUAGCUUUAUUAACAGAUGAUGUAGCGAAUAGAGAAAAAGCCAAAGCAGAAGGAUUAUUGGCAUUUUCAGAAUUAGUUGAGAUGAUAAGAAAUGAGGGUAAAAUUGGAAAGGAUAGAAAAGUCCCUUAUGAUGAUCAUUUAACUGCUAGUAAAAUAGAAAGUGGAAUCAAAAGUGGUAAAUUACUUCAAGGGACAUUAAAUAUCAAUAUACAUAAUUAUUUAGAGGUCAAUGGAGUUGAGACACAAAUUAUAAUUUUAGGAAGGUCACGUUUAAAUAGAGCAAUUCAAGGUGAUGUAAUUGCUGUUGAGUUAUUACCGAAAUCUGAAUGGACAAUAUCUUCUACUGCUGUUGUAUUGGAAGAAGAGGAGGAAACUACUGAACUCAAUGAGGAAAUAAUGAAUCAAUCUAAUGAAUUAAAUAAUGAAUCUGCCAAAACACUACAACCAACGGGAAAAGUUGUUGGAAUUAUCAAGAGGAAUCUUAAAGGAUCUGCUACUUCAAAUAUAGCAGAAAAUGUAUUGAUUUCUCCGUUAGAUCGACGCAUACCUAAAUUAACUAUCCGUACUAGACAAGCGCAUAAUUUAAUGAGUCAACGUACUUUAAUUGCUAUAGAUUCUUGGCCCAAAAAUGCGAAAUAUCCAUUAGGACAUUUUGUAAGAGUUUUAGGUCCAGCAGGAGAUAAAUCAACCGAAACUGAAGUUUUAUUAUUAGAGCACGAUAUAUCACAUCAAGAGUUUUCCCCUCGAGUUUUAAGUAAUUUACCGGAAGAAGGUGAAAAUUGGAAAGUUACAGACGAACAUUUACGUGAUCGAAUGGAUUUGAGACAUUUGAAUGUUUGUAGCAUUGAUCCACCUGGUUGUACUGAUAUUGAUGAUGCGUUACACGUUCGAUCACUUCCAAAUGGAAAUUAUGAAGUUGGUGUUCAUAUCGCAGAUGUCACUCAUUUUGUUAAACCAAACACUGCAUUGAAUGAGGAAGCCGAAAGUCGAGGAACAACAGUUUAUUUAGUUGAUAAACGUAUUGAUAUGUUACCUGAAUUAUUAGGAACAAAAAAAGUUGAUAGAUUGGCAUUUUCUUGUAUAUGGGAACUUAAUUCUGAAGCAGAAAUUUUAAAUGUUAAAUUUGUUAAAAGUGUUAUAUCUUCAAAGGCAUCUUUAACCUACGAGGAAGCACAGCUUCGUAUAGAUGACAAACGAGCGCGAGAUGGUUUAACAAAAGGAAUUAGAAUUCUUAAUCAAUUAGCCAAAAAACUUCGUCAACGACGUUUAGAACGGGGAGCAUUAACUUUAGCUAGUCCCGAAGUGAGAUUUAAAUUAGAAAAUGAUUCUCAAGAUCCUGUUGAUGUUGAACUUAUAAAAGCACUGACCCCAUAUGGAAUGUCAUUAACUUUUGAAUCUUCUAAAUCAUUGUCAGAUUCAUUGGAAAAAGCUGUUUUACCUGAAGAUCCAUAUUUCAAUAAGUUGUUAAGAAUCUUGACCACUAGAUGUAUGACAUCAGCUGUUUAUUUUAGUGCUGGCUCUACUGUGGCUCAAGAAUAUAAACAUUAUGGUCUUGCAGCAGAUUUUUAUACCCAUUUUACUUCACCUAUUCGUAGAUAUUCUGAUAUAAUUGUACAUAGAAUGUUGGCUGUAGCAAUCGAUUUUGAUAAAUCAUAUAGUAGUGAAUUAACUGAUAUGUACAAAGUGCAAAAAAUUUGUGAUAACCUUAACUAUCGUCACAGAAUGGCACAAAUGGCAGCAUCUAGUUCAGUUGAAUUACAUACAUAUCUCUUCUUUAAAGGAAAAUUAGAAAGAGAAGAAGCAUAUGUUGUGAAAAUACUUAAAAAUGGAUUCAUUGUUUUAGUUCCUAGAUAUGGUAUUGAAGGAAUUGUAUAUUCAGCUACCAAAAAAUCCGCUGCGGCUGCUGCUUCACAAAAACAUGUUGCACCUAUAACUUAUAAUGUUCUCACCAAUAGUUUAGAAUCAACUUUAGAAGAUGGACAAAAAAUAAGUAUAAAAUUAUUUGAUCGAGUGAUAGUUCAAAUUAAAAAACCGGAAAAAGAAAGAAAGUAG